AUGUGCGACUGUCUGCCGGAAAAGGACACUGACGGCGGCGAUCGAGCUGGACCGGAAACCGUGACGCUUUUUAAGAAAUGCCAGAGAUCCGAUCGUUCAACGAAAGAUAUAGCCGGACGAUCGAACUGCGACACGAUUUCGGACAAGGACGACUGGGAGCCCGUCGAUUCAUCGCUGUCUGUUCUAGGGGCGGCGAUAUGCUGCGGUACCAAAGCAUCUAAGACUUGCAGUGGCACAUCUAGCGACACGAGAACGUACAAAUUCGUCAGUCCGCGAGAAUGCGAGUGUCUUCUCGGCGAAGACGAGGAGGAGCCCUGGGAGCCCCCGAUAUUGUCCUUCGAGCCGUGCGUCUACGAGGAAGAGGUCGAGGAACGUCCGGACAUCGAGUGCACCUUGGCAAUUAUAAAACCGGAAGCGGUGGUCUAUAGACGAGAAAUCGAGAGACGGAUCUUCGAAGAGGGCUUCGAGAUCUAUCAAACACGGUGGUUGCAACUCACGCCAGAACAGGUGUCGGAAUUCUACUCGGACAAGUACGGACAGUUGAAUUUCGCGCAUCUAGUCGCUUACAUGGCGUCCGGCCCCUUAGUGGUUCACGUUCUGGCGAAACGUCACGGUAUAGACGAAUGGAGAUCGCUUAUGGGACCGACCAAGGUCACAGAAGCCCGUUUAUAUUAUCCCGACAGUAUCAGAGCGAGAUUUGGCCGUAGGGGGGAGGAUUUCAAAAACGCAGUUCACGGAAGCUGUUCGAGAGACGAUGCAGAAAGGGAGAUUCACUUCUUCUUCCCCGAGUUUCCAAAAUCGUGGGUAACCAAAACCGGAUAAUUUUUUGGGUCACUCUUUCAUGCACGUCCAAUAGAACGUUUCAUUUCAGUUAUAGUCGAACCUCUCCUGAAAGAUGAAUCGGCAAUCGAUUACCUGGAGGAAGUAGUCAAUCCUGUCCUCGUAGAAGGUUUAUCCAUGGUAAGGCGGCGCAACGUGAACUAUUUUUCUCGAUGGAAUCGACUAACAAAAGAAAUGUGUACGUCGCAGUGUUGUAAAGUGAAGCCAGCCGAUCCUGUAUUAUGGCUAGCUAACUGGCUGAUUCUGAACAAUCCUAACAAACCCAAGCUACCGCAAGAUCUCGCCAUGAUUCCGACAUAA